AAUGAAUAAGAGGAUAGAGGAAGAAAGGCUUAUCCUUCUUCGAUACUUCGAAACGAACGUUACGGAGAUGGCUCUCAUCUUCACCUCUCCCAUUUCUUCUCUCGCUCCAAAUUCUUCCUCAGCUUCCGGGUGCGCUGCUUAUCCUUCAAUCAGGUUGCUCCACAAGUCCGUAGCAUUGCCUCCAAAAACCUACAUUGGAGGUCGAAUUCGAUCUCCAUUUGUUCUCGGUGACAGAGGCUUGUGGAUUGUGAAGGCAUCUUCAGAGACUGAUGGAGCAGAGCCUGCUAGUCCAGACUCUCCCACUCCUCCUUCGGAUGGCGAAGGAAAAAACAUUCCCAUCGAAAAGCUUCCUCUGGAGUCGAAGCUUCAGCUGAAGCUUGAGCAGAAGAUGAGGAUGAAAAUGGCGAAGAAGAUUAGGUUAAGGAGAAAGAGGCUUGUGAGGAAACGGCAUUUGAGGAAGAAGGGUCGAUGGCCGCCUUCAAAAUUGAAAGCAAACAAGAAUGUUUGAGCACUUCCUCCGGAUAUUCACAGGUUUGCACGACGACCCAUUCUCCUACUGUUUACUACAAUUGCUUCCUUGUGAUGAUGAAAUCUAGUUUUGUUAAUUGUAUAUGCGAUCAUAGCUCGACAAUUUCUAUAUAUCUUCAGAACAAAUUUCUUGCCUGUUUAGAAGUUUUUAAUCCGAUUAUGAAUUCGCGCCAUUUCUUUAGACUUUUGAACAAAUGGGAUUGAGCAUUUAUGUCGAAUUCUGGCAUGUUUAGAAGUUUUCAUAUGAAUAUGAAUUCAUGCUAUUUCUUUA